UUUUUCUGAAACCAGGAUCGGGACGGACAGUGGAGCUGCAUCAGUUUUUCUGAGACGCUGAAACCAGGAUCGGGACGGACAGUGGAGCUGCAGCAGCCUUAAUGUGGCGCUGAAACCAGUUUCCAGAUGGCGUCCCUGUUUGGAUUUUACAUCUCACUUCAUCCCAGAUCUCAGUGAGAUGACGUCUUCAGCCCAUGAAAACUGUGAUCCUGCCGUCCAAAAUGAUGUUGAGAGGAAAACCUCUGACGGCUGCAGCUUUGCUGAUACUUGUGAUGAAUGUCUUCAGAGGACAGACCCUCACAUGUCAGCGAGCAGAGUAUCUGAUAGAGAAUGAAUGCUGUCCAAUGUGUCCUGCUGGAAGUCGAGUUAAAACAGAUUGCACAGAGUUCAGAAGUACUUCCUGUCUGCCCUGCGUAGAGAAAACCUUCAUGAAUCAGCCUACUGGACGUAGACAAUGUUUUCCCUGUACAAACUGUGAUGCAGGUUCUGGUUUAAAGACAAAGACGUCAUGUACAACAACAUCAGGUGCAGUUUGUGAACCACUGGAGGGAUUCUACUGUGUGGACUCUGCAGACGGCGGCUGUGCGGCCGCACAGAAACACACAAGCUGUCGACCAGGACAAUACAUCCGUCAGAAAGGAACAGCGUUAAGAGACACAGAGUGCUCUGACUGCAGUGGGGGGACAUUUUCAGAUGGGACAUUUACAUCCUGUCGGCCACACACACAAUGUGGAUCAAUAAAUCUUCAGCUGGUGAGAGCAGGAACUGCUUCAGCUGAUGCUGAAUGUGGAGAAAAAAGUUCAAACACGACAGGAACUGGGAUCAUUGUUGCUGCUGCUGUUGUUGGGCUUUUUUUAUUAAUUGGAGCGUCUGUAGCUGUAUGGUUCAUAAAGAAGAAAAACAAAAGAAUAACAAAUGCAGAAAAUCCCCAACAGCAACUUCUGAGUGGAGAAGAAACAUCAGGGAUGAUUUGAAACAGAUGUUCACAGCUGCAGGAUGUGACAGUUCAUUAAUAGACAUGCAGACAGUGUUUUGUACACUGUGGAGUGAAUGUGCUCUAGAAUCCAGUCAUAAUCCAGUUGGAUGCUGGCACAUUGUCUUUGCAGUGUACAGAAAUGAAACAGUCCCAGCUGAAGGUCCUGCACUGUGCUACAAGCUGAACCCGUCCUCUACAGAACUGCUGGUCUACAGUCUGGAUCAUUAUCUCACACAGAUGUUACUGUACAGAGACUGAAGUCACACCGCUACAGACUUCCAGCGAAUCGUCUUCCUGUAACUGUACAUGUAGGCUUUCUUCUUCUUCUCUGGUGGUCAGAGAGCUCACAGCUGGAUCUGAACACCUGGCAGGCUGAAACUGGACUUUAACUGUCAUGAACAAGAACAAACAGCUGGAACAGAAGACGGAUACGACGAGUCCUGAACUGCAACAUGAUGGUCACUCUGAUCAAAAGCAGAGAGGCUGGAUAGUGUGCACUGUGCACGUCCAACCCCAGGUGGGUACAGGUGCAGCAGCAAAGCAGCGUAUGGUAGAGAGAGAGGUAGUCCACAUGCUGAACAUCGCAGCUUCCCAAGAGAUUCAUUAGACAGAAGGUUGAUCAGGUGAAAAAAUGCCUUUAUAGUUGAAACAUUCCUCAUUAAACUCCUGGGAGCCUGUGAUAUUCAGCAUGUGGACCUUUUUCUGUCAAAGAGUUGAAAUUGUAUCUCACUGCUGACUCAGCUGAUAAAAACAGAACACUAGGUAUUAUAUGAAUUACAUGUGCUGAUGUUUGUUUAAAUCUAAUGCUCCCUGUAGUUGGUUCAAACAUCAUUAAUCAUUAUUUUGUAAUAUAAAAUAAAGUUUUUGUAAAGAA